AACCUCAUGAAAUUCCUAAAUUCCUAGUUUUCUGGCAGCGACUCCGUUCGGUUGACAGUUCCUUUGCCCAGUAUGGUGAAAACCGAGAGAUUUCCAUCUGCCUUAAUCAACAGCGUCAAGACUCCAAAGUUUACUGAUUUAACUCGAUGGCGCUUGAAAGUUGAACAUGGAGCUCAGACAUGGCACUACUUGGAAUCCGAUGAAGAUUUAAAGCAAUGGCCACAGACCCGCUGGGACAAAUACUUUCUCGGCGUACCGUUCGAAUCCCCCAAGCUGCCUCGUGCACAAACCCCUUUGGAAACCGCGCGUAACGGUUUUGAAUUUUACAAGGAGCUCCAAACCGAAGAUGGCCAUUGGGCAGGCGAAUAUGGCGGUCCAAUGUUUUUGAUCCCAGGUCUCAUUAUUACAUACUACAUCACUGGAGUCCCUGUACCUGAACCAAUGCGCCUCGAAAUCAUCCGAUAUCUGUUGAACCGAGCGCAUAAGGACGACGGAGGCUGGGGAAUUCACAUUGAAGGCAUUUCCACUGUGUUUGGUACCGCUCUUAAUUACGUUGUUUUGCGAAUCCUUGGUCUGUCGGCAGAUCACCCCGCUAUGAUCAAGGCCAGAGCCACGUUGCACAAGCUUGGUGGUGCUGUCGCUGCCCCCGCGUGGGGAAAGUUCUGGCUUUGUGCCAUGAGCUUGUACGAAUGGGAAGGUUUGAAUCCCGUUCCGCCCGAAUUAUGGGCACUGCCACAGUUAAUCCCCCUCUGCCCCGGCAACUGGUGGGUCCAUACUCGUAUGGUGUACCUUCCCAUGGGAUACAUUUAUGCAAAGCGUCUCAAUCCCGAACCAACGGACUUUAUCUUACAACUUCGAGACGAACUAUAUGUCCAGCCUUACGAUUCAAUUCAUUGGGAUUCCCAGAGGAACAAUGUUGCCGAAGCUGACCUGUUCCUUCCCCAUACCAAGAUCAUGGAUUUCCUCAAUGGUGCGCUCACUUACUAUGAAAUGAUCCCGGGAAAAAUUAAUAUGUUGCGCAAAUAUGCUUUGGAUCUCACUAUCGAUCAAAUCAGAAUGGAGGACGAAAAUACAUUUUUCUUGGAUAUUGGUCCCGUCAACAAAGCAUUGAAUUGGUUGGUGGUGUAUUACCAUUACGGCAAAGACUCUAGGGAAUUCCGAGAGCACGUCAAGCGGAACGCCGACUUUAUGUGGAUGGGACCCGAAGGUAUGAUGAUGAACGGUACCAAUGGCAGCCAACUUUGGGAUACCACCUUCAUUGCCCAAGCAUGUACCGAAGCUCGACUGGUGGAGCAUUCUGAUUAUCGAUCCAAUAUGCUGAGGAUCCUAGAAUUUUUGGACGACUGUCAGAUUAAACGCAAUGUGCCCGACCACCAAAAAUGCUAUCGCCAUGUUUCCAAGGGAGCAUGGCCAUUCUCUACUCGCGACCAAGGCUACACGGUCUCUGAUUGUACUGCUGAGGGCCUGAAAGCUACUUUGGCCAUGCAAAGCAUAGAAGGCAUGCCUCAACUUGUCUCCAAGGAGCGACUGCGUGACUCGGUGGAUGUGAUGCUUAGCAUGCAAAACAGCGAUGGAGGAUUUGCUUCCUACGAGUGUAUUCGGGGACCAAAAUGGCUAGAGUGGCUCAAUCCUGCCGAAGUGUUUGGUGAUAUUAUGAUAGAAUACAGUUAUCCAGAGUGUACCACCGCUGUUUUGACCGGUUUGAGUGCAUUCAAGAAAACGGAUCCCGACUACCGUCGUGCAGAUAUUGAGCGGGUCUCACAACGUGCUUUGCAAUAUAUCAAGAAAAGUCAACGUCCUGAUGGGUCAUGGUUUGGUUCGUGGGCAAUCUGCUUUACCUAUGCCGCCAUGUUCUCUCUGACUAGUUUAUCUAGCAUUGGAGAGUUUUAUGAAAACAGCGAUCACGCACGACGGGGCUGUGAUUUCCUGUUAUCAAAGCAAAUGGCAGAUGGUGGUUGGGGGGAGAAAUACAAGUCCUGCGAGACGGGGGUGUACUGUCAAAAUGAAAAAUCGCAAGUUGUCAAUACCGCUUAUGCUGUGCUGGCUUUAUUGGAUGCCAAGUAUCCAAACGAGGAACCUAUUCGCCGCGCAGUUAAAUUAAUCAUGGACAGACAGCAAGAAAACGGCGAAUGGCUUCAGGAGUCCAUUGAAGGCGUUUUCAACAAGAACUGCAUGAUUUCAUACCCUAAUUACAAAUUCUCUUUCACUAUUUGGGCCCUUGGUCGCUAUGCCGCCGUCUGGGGCGACAAGCGUAUUAGGAACUAAUGCACAGACUACACCAAACGAUAAUUGUUGACGAUGAAUAAAAAAUCUCAGAUGGUAUGUUGCCAUGGAACUUUGAUCACCAAAGACCAUGGGUGACUGAAAAACCCCUUUCCACAUG